UUCUUUCACAGAUAAGAACAGUAAAUUAGGUGACCCAGUUUUGCCGUUAUCACAUGGCUUCACUUAAUACGAACUCUACGCAAGUAUUAGGACCGCAACAGGAUUUUUCUUGGAGCUGACCUUUUAGUAAUAAAGCCCAGAUGAUUAGCACACCGAUUAUACGUAAAGUGGACUGAAUGGGUGUGGAUUCUGAUUAUGAAGCAGUUCCUAUCAUAGCAGACAGGGACAUAGAAGCUGUGACAGACUGCAGUGCAGCGGGACUGUUGAAUAAUCUUAAAACUUGUCAAGCGGCUUUCUAACUGCCAGUGCAGUGGCGAUGGAUAUGUUCAGGUAAGACAUUUCAUUUUUAAAUUUCAGUUACAACAUAAUUUCCAUGAAAAAAUAUUGCCGGAGUACUACUGUAAUUGCUAAUAAUCAAGUAAUCAUAUACAAAGUAUCACAUUAUCACAUUAAUAGAAAAAUCAUUCUUGACUUUAUUGCAUUCCACUUAGGUAUCCACAUGUUAAAGUACUUUUGAUUUUUUUACCUGAAAUAGUUGACAUAAAUGGCAUAAGAUAAUUAUAAUGUUAAUACAUGUACUAAACUAACAAAACAUGCUUCAUUCUUCAGUGCAUUCUUCAAUGUAGAAAAACAACAGUUAAUUGAAAUUUGACCAUUUGAUAUGAUAACACACACUGACAGGAGAGUUACUGGGAAAAGCUGGUCAUCUGAGGUCAGGCUGGACGGGAAAACGGCGAUUGUGACCGGAGCCAACACGGGCAUUGGGAAAGAGACAGCGAGGGAUCUGGCCAAAAGAGGAGCUCGGGUGAUACUGGCUUGCCGGGACAUGGAGAAGGCUGAGCUGGCAGUCAGGGAGAUUAUGAGAGACACCGGGGUUGCCGAUGUUAUUCCCAGCCAACUAGAUCUUGCAGACACCAAGUCCAUUUGCGAGUUUGCUGAGCAUAUUUAUAACUCAGAAAGUUCUUUGCACUUUCUCAUCAAUAAUGCUGGCGUAGCAUUAUGUCCAUACUCAACCACUGCAGAUGGAUAUGAGAUGCAGUUUGGAGUCAACCACCUAGGCCACUUCUUCCUCACUUUCCUACUGCUGGACCUGCUGAAGCACUCAGCACCCUCCAGGGUGAUCAACCUCUCCUCCAUGACACACAAAAUGGGCAGGAUCCACUUUGAAGACAUGAACAGUGAGAUGAGCUACCAUCCGGCCCAGGCCUACGCGCAGAGCAAGCUGGCCAACAUCCUGUUUACCCGGGAGCUGGCCAAGAAGCUGGAAGGCACGGGAGUGACGGUGUACGCUGUAAAUCCAGGCAUGGUCAACAGCGAUGCGUUCAGGCACCUGAACAACUCCAUUCAGACGUUCAUGAAGGCUUUCAGCUUCCUUCUCAGAAGGCCAGCUGAAGGAGCCUACACUACCCUGUACUGCGCACUGACUCCGGACCUGAAGUCUGGAGGAUACUACAGUAACUGCUCCCAAGCGGAAUGUUCCAGAGCUGCUAGUGAUGAUCGCACCGCCCGCAUCCUGUGGAUGGUCAGCUGCCAGAUGCUAGGGAUCCGUUGGAGAUGAGCAGGAGGCUCCCUCAGGGAUGGGGCGACUCCAGUGAUUCGCAUGCGUACAUGCUUCUCCUCCUUCCUUCAUAUAGCCUCUAUUGUGACUUAUUAUAUAAUCUUCGCUUUGCCUACUUUUAUCUGUCACCAGAAAUAAUUAAAUAAACAAUAACAUCAAUUUAUAUCAUUAAAUCGAUGAUGUGAUACUCAGAUUCCUCUGAAUUGAUUACAUUUUGUGUGAUAUAGAGUAGGUGGGUAGGUGGAAUGAAAUGGGAAUGUUGAGGAGGAUGGCACAAAUUGCUGUAAGUAUAGUCUGGAAGCAUCUAUAGUCAAAUAAAUGUUACAAGACAUGAAUAUGAUAUGUAGUAGCAUGUGAGAAUAAGAUGAACAUUAUGUAACAGAAAGGAGACAUCUACAAGCCCAGAAAUUUUCACCAAAUGUGGUUAGCACUAGGAAAAUUAAUAAAUAUAUGUACACUUUG